AUGCCUGGGCGAAGAGGGAAGCAGCGUGUGAAGCGGAAGAAGUCGAAACGUCAGAGGCCUUCCGGGAUGGAGCGUGUGCUUAUUGAAAGCAUACACGUGCGGAAGCAUAAGGAGCGUGACAUUCUGAAGCAUCACAUCCCCCCUUCAGUAAAACCGAGAGUGAAGAAAGUGUCGUUGGAUGCGACAUUGCCCAUGUUUAAUGCCAUCUCUAAAAACGCCAACCGGAGUACCUCUUCAGUGACCAUGGCGAAGGGAACCAAAUCGAACGGUACUGUGGUAGGAUGCUGA